AUGCAUCAUAGUUCUAUAAAUGAUAAUGAAGACGAUGAUUUAAAUACUAUAUCAAUAGCAGAAUGCAGGGCUGACGCAAGCAAUGAAUUCAGUAAAAUGGAAGAUCAGGAAGCUGAGUUUGACAAUUCAUCUUUCAAUGAAUUUUUAGCAAAUAAGGUUGGCGCAAGCAGUGAAAUAGAAGAUCAGGAAGCAGAGUUUGAUAGUUCAUCUUUCACCAACUUUUUAAAAGAAAUCGAUAAUGAUUAUAAAAUCGGUGGCUUACAACUACAACAAGCAUUCGAUAA